AUGUACAAAAAAGUAAAGCAGACUCUUGAGCAGUGUGGUAUCCUGCAACAAAAAUUAAUAAAAGUAAUGUUUGAUUGUUGAAACAUUUUAAAAGCGAAAGUCUUUGGAAGUGUUGAAUUUAAUUCCUAAAAUUACCUAGUGAAGUUUUUUCUUUGCUGUACUUACAAUAUGCAGUGCCACUUGUAAUCUUUCUUGUAAUCUUUCCUGUUUUCUUUUUUUUUUAAAUUGCUUCGUAUUUAUAUCCCUUUAGUUUAAGAUUAUAUGUUGUUUUUUCCAUAACUAAUCUUAGUUCUGAUCUUUCCAUAAAACGCCACAAUGUGUCUGUGCCGUCAGCGUUUAGUUUAUGUGAUAUGAACUGUUUAUUUUUGUUUGUGUUGAUGGAGAAAAAGAGUCAGAUCAUUACAAAGGAUCCGCCUGUUGGGAGCUUUGAGCUUUACCAUAAAGAUGAUUGCAGUCGAAUAGCCGCCGUUCGUUUUUCCAUGUGAUGUGUUUGAGAUUAUUUAAAAUAAGUUACUGAGAAGUUCAGGUCACAGAGGCAGGCAGGGAUGUCAGUAAAGUACGCGAAACACAACAGAAAACAAAAUAGCAGUACUUGAAAAAUAUAAAAUACAUGAAAAAAAUGUUAUGCAAUAGACUUCCAUAUUUCACUUCCAUAAACACUAACACUUUAUUUCCUUAAAAAGCGUGAUUUUUUUUUCUUAUAAAAUUAUGACUUUUGAUGAAUAAUUGUACAACAUUUAUCAUAAGAUGUUGACUUUUAUUUUUAUUUGACUUUUCUUUUAUUCUCUAAAUUUUUUACUUUAAAAAUUACCUUUUUUCUCCUAUUUGCACAACCUAAUUCUUGUAAAACUUUGACUUUUUCCAUCUGUUUCAUGAAUUUGUUUAUUUUUCUUCUUUCAUGGUGGCCCUGUUUGACAUCAGAUGGGAUUCUUGUCAAAUCACCUGUUUUCAAAAUGGCUUCAGAUUGAACUUCAACGGUUUCUAGGAAGACCUUGUGGGAGUGAAGAAGAGCAAACCGGAGCGGUUCAAGGACAGAAAAAGCGAUCAGCAUGAGUGAAAAUAAAGCCCCUUAAAGUUGAGGAUGCGGACUUGCCUUCUACUUUGUGUCCUCUGCGGGACUGUUCCUGUCAGCCACAGCCAAUUCCUGGCCCGUGGUAAAUACGGAUUUGGAUCCGGUUAUGUUAUUCAACCUGAACCUCCUGCACUAGCUGGACCACCAGGACCACCAGGACCACGAGGAUCACCUGGACCACCUGGACCACCUGGGCCUCUUGGACUAACCAUAAUAGGACCAAAAGGUAAUAAAGGAGAUCUGGGACCCAUGGGGUUUACAGGCCCACCAGGAAAACCUGGAUUCCCAGGUCAACCAGGAAGACUUGGAUUUCCUGGACUGGAUGGAAAACCUGGACCACGUGGAUCACCUGGGGAUGUAGGUGAACAGGGACCCAAGGGAGAAAGUGGACCACAAGGACGACCAGGAGUUCAAGGACCUCGAGGGACUCCAGGAGGUAAAGGUCUACAGGGUGAAAUAGGACCACAGGGUGAACCUGGACGACCUGGGGAUGAAGGUAAACAAGGACCAAAGGGGGAAAAAGGUUCUCUUGGGAGUACAGGACCACAGGGUCAAGAAGGUGAAAGAGGACCAACUGGACCACGGGGUGAAUCUGGACCAUCAGGUCCUCGUGGAUCAAGAGGACCACCAGGAACCUGUGACAAAGAUACUUGCAGCGGUUCAUCAGAAGUCAAGGCCCUGCAGGACAGCCUAACCAAGUUACAGCAGUAUGUACUGGCUAAAGAAUAUCCAUUUGUCCGGAGGGUCGGUCAGAAGUUCUUUGUGUCCAAAAGUGAAAGAGACUCCUUUGAGACGGCCGUGGAGUUCUGCUCCCAGAGAGGUCUGGAGCUGGCUCUGCCCCAGAAUGAGGAGGAGAACAGCAAGCUGAUGGAGGUGUUUGGAGACGCCUUCAAAGAAGUCUGGAUCGGAGUCAACAACAAGACGGCAGACGGGAAAUUCCAGGUUGACUUGAACAAUCAGCCUCUGAUCUUCACCAAAUGGGAAACGGGACAGCCUGAUGGCUCCAUCCAGGACACCGGCUGCACUGUGCUGACUGAACACGGCUUCUGGAGAGUGAUGCGGGAGUGCUACUACAAUGCUUUCAUCGUCUGUCAGAUAUAGAAGACAGUUGUUCUAGUUUUUACCUUCUCCUCAAGUCAAAUAUUGUUGAAAUUAUUCCAAUUAUGAUUGAUUUUAAACCUUAACUCUCCCUUUUUCAACCUUUUUUCAGCCAUUGUACACAUUUUCCUUGAAACUACAAACAACCAAAAAACAUGGAUAAAAGGCACUUUGUAGUCUGUAUUAAUGAUGUACUGUGUCUCUGUCUCUUUGCGAUAGUUCCAGUAUCAAGUAUCAAGUAUCAAGUAUCAGUAUCAAGUUUUUCUUUUUUAUAGUUGCGUCAGUUUUUCUUAACUUUUGACAAAAGGCUUUAAGGGAUGAACAAAUAUUUCCCAUGUGUCUAGUUUGCUAAGAAAAACAAUGAAAAAAACCAGACCUCAGCUACACAGAAUUUAUCCUAAAAGUUGAAACUAGAAUGUAUGAAUACAUAAAAGUUAAAAAGAUAAUUUAAAAGAUGACACAUAAUCCCUUUUUUUGUAAAAAAAAGUAUUAAAAUUUGACGGUUCCUCUUUCAGGUCUUCUGAAGAUCUUUUUUUGUCUAAUAUAUACGUAUUUACUGUUUUGUCUGUCUUAUUUUUAUCAUCUGUGCUUCAUUUCAAAUGUUGUGUUUUGCAAUGUCAGUUAUUCCCUUAAUCCAUAUUGUGUGCUGUUUUAGUGAUUUGUGUCUAUAAGAACAUUUGUUUUUAACUGUUUUUAAAUAAAAUAUAUA